UGUUGCUAAAGAUUACGUGCGGCUCAUGAAAUAUGGUGAUUCUCUAUACCGCUGCAAGCAACUGAAGCGUGCUGCCCUGGGGCGAAUGUGCACUAUUAUCAAGAGACAGAAACAGAGUUUGGAAUAUUUGGAACAAGUACGCCAGCAUUUAUCCCGCUUGCCAACGAUUGAUCCAAAUACAAGGACUCUGCUUUUGUGUGGGUACCCAAAUGUUGGGAAGUCCAGCUUCAUCAAUAAGGUUACGAGAGCAGAUGUGGAUGUUCAGCCUUAUGCAUUUACCACCAAGUCUCUGUUUGUUGGGCACAUGGAUUAUAAGUAUCUUCGUUGGCAGGUAAGAGUCUUAUCUUUAAACCUAGAACAAGUUUCUUUUCUCGGUUUCUGUUUCAUGAAAUUUGAUGAGAGUUUCUAUUUGAUGAAAUUUGAUGAUUUCUAA